UUCGUGUUCUGUUCCGCUGAACAGUUGAUUUCGGCUAGUCCUGGAAGAAGUGCAUAUAUACAAUAUAAAUAUACGUUUAAUUACAAGGUUACAUAACAAGUGUUGCAAAAAUGGCCCAAAAAGUGUUGCGAAAUGUGACGCACUGCAUCUUCGAUAUGGAUGGACUGCUGCUGGAUACGGAACGUAUUUAUGAGGAUAUCACACGGCAAAUAGCUGGCAGUUUUGGUCGUCCGUAUCCGGUGGCGGUGCGUUUCCGGGUUAUGGGCACAACCGAAAGAUGCUCAGCAGAAAUCGCUGUUGACGAAUGCCAAUUGCCAAUUAGUGUUAACGAUUUCCUGAAACGAUAUCACAAAAUGUGCGGCGAACGUCUACAAAAGGUGCCGUUGCUCGAAGGUGCUGAGCGCCUUUUGCGUCAUUUGCACACCCACAAGGUGCCCAUUGCCCUGGCCACCAGUUCCGGUGCGGAGAUGGUCGAACUGAAGACGACUCAUCAUCGGGAACUCUUCGAGCUGUUCCAUCAUCGUGUCUGCGGCUCCUCGGACAGCGAGGUGAAAGAAGGCAAACCCGCACCAGAUAUAUUCUUGGUGGCAGCUGGUCGCUUUAGCGAUAAGCCGACGCCGGAGAAUUGUUUGGUUUUUGAGGAUUCGCCGAAUGGCGUCGAGGCUGGCAAAAGUGCCGGAAUGCAGGUGGUAAUGGUGCCCGAUGAGCGUCUCUCCCCGGAACGUUGCGCAAAUGCCACGCAAGUGUUGCGCUCCUUGGAGGAUUUCAAGCCGGAGCAAUUUGGUCUGCCGCCAUUUAGUAAUUGAAUGUAGAAUGUAGAUUCAUGUUUGUAUUUGUGUAUAUGUGUGUGCUACUUAAACAAAUAAAUAUAAAAAUAUGA